AUGAACGAUGUUCGCUACUGGAAAGUGCCGACCGGCUUGUUUAUUCGUGGUUCUGCCGCAGAUGUGACAUUGGAAGACAAACGAUCCUGGUUUGUGAGAACCCACGCCGCGGCCAAUCAAGCCGCGGAUGAGAGGUUCUACCGGCUGGGCUACUGGGUGGCGACCCACCCGACGUUGACCCUGCUCCUAAACCUAGUCUUCGUAGCACUCUGCUCCAUCGGUUUCGUGAACUUCACAAUCGUCACGGACGGUUCUGACUACGCGUUGCUCCUGCUGGAGAGCGCUGUCGAGGGCGGAAACGUGCUCACCAAAGCUUCGGUCGACAUGCUCUGGGAUCUAAACUCCAGGGUCAUGCUCGUUGAGACGGAGAGUGGCAACACCUACACCGACCUUUGCACCACGGAUGCGGAUGGUGUAACGUGCAAGCAGCCGUUUCGUGGGAUCACUCGCUUCUGGGGGAACGACUUCGACAUCUAUGAGGCUGCUGCCACAAGCGAUGCCGAUGUUCUGGCCGCCAUCAACAUGGAUACUUAUCCGGAUGGCCAGGCGGUCUCCCUUGAGGCGGUGUUCGGCAACAGCUUGACGUACGACGCCACCGGGAGCAGCGUAGUGAGCGCCGGCGUCUUCAUGCAGUCGUACGAGCUCGAGCUAACAGCGAACGACGACGAAGAGUUCUGGGAGGUACGGCAGUGGGAGAGCCUGUUUCACGAGCUCGUCGAAGGCAUCAUGGAGGAGCAGGAAGACGGGGGUGGCGACGACGAUGUUGGGGCGAUCUUCAACCUGCGAUACUUCACCGGGAGGUCGAUCGACGACGCCUUGGCGGCGAGCGUCUCCGGAGAGACGUUCCUCUUUGGCAUCACAUACACGACCAUGAUCGUGUUCAUUACGGUGAUUCUCGGAAAGUGCGGCGAGGGGCCCGUCCGAAGGAGGAGCUGGCUCGGCGUGGCAGGCGUUGGGUUCAUAAUCUCCGCCGGAGUCGCCGCGUACGGGCUCAACAGCGCCUUCGGCGUCCCGUUCACGACGCUGUCCCAGGUCCUACCCUUCAUCCUCGUCGGCAUUGGCGUAGACGACAUGAUCGUGAUCGUGUCUUCGUUCGACCAUACCGAUCCAGCCCUGCCAGUUGAACGGAGGAUAGCGGACGCCCUCAAGCGCUGCGGGGUAUCCAUCACCUACACUUCGAUGACGAACGUUGCUGCCUUCAUGCUGGGGAGCACCACCUCUCUCCCAGCGGUCACGGCCUUCGCGGCGUGUCUAGCGAUAGACGCCAACAGGCAGAAGGCGGGCAAGAUGGACUGGCUCUGCUGCUUGAAGGCUGGUGCUCGCUACACCGCUCUCCAAGAGGAUGGUGUUGAACGAAUGCAUGGUCGACCCCCCGAGGCACGCGAGGAUCAGCCCCGCAAAAGCAGUCAAGACGCUAAGGCAAUGCAGAUCACGCCCUUCGGGAGGUUUAUGAGGGAAAAAUACACCCCGUUUAUUCUGUCGACGAAGGGCAAGGCGCUGGUGCUCGUUGGCUCGGCGUGUAUUUUCGCUGCUGGCGUCUACGGCGUCACUCAGGCAACGGAGGGCUUCGACGUUAUCGACCUCGCUCCCGAUACCCACCACGCCCAAUAUUACACGGACCUGGCUAGGGAGUACGAGCUGGAGAUCGACACGCAAUUCAUUCCGCUGUCCGUUUACACCCUUGAAGUGGACUACCCAGACGUUGCCGUGCAGGCGCAGAUUCAGGGAACUGACUCCCUCAUGGUGGACCAGAGGUUCGUCGUCGGCCCAAUAACGUCGUGGCUGUCCGGUCUUCUUUCUUGGACUGCCAACCAUACAGAGUACAGUACCAAUGUCGGUACGUCCGGAGGCUACCCGGUAUACGAAGAUCGGGACACGUUUUAUACCGCCCUGGCGGAGUUCACGCAAGACGGAGAUAACUCGCGAUUCCUGUCGGAUUUCGUCUACAAAACGGAUGGGACUAUUGAGAUCAGCAGGACGACAAUGUAUCUGAUCGAUCUAACAUCAACGGAAAACGGGAUCAACGCCCUCAAAGACUCGAGGGAGGUGGUAGGCGAGUCGACCCUCGACCCUCAGCCGCUCGCUUUUUCGGCAUACUUUGUUUUUUCAGAACAGUUUCUGGUCAUCUACGACGAGCUCAUGAUGAACUUCGUCAUGGCUCUUGUGGCAGUGGCCGUUUUCAGCGUCUUCAUAUUGGGUCGGUGGAAGAUCAUCGCCCUGGUAUGCUUCACCUUGGUUAUUAUCGACGUGGAGCUGCUGGGUUUUGUCUACCACUGGAGAUUGGAUGUUAACAGCUUAACAGUGAUUGAGUUGAUCAUGGCCGUAGGACUGGUGGUGGACUACAUGGUCCACAUCGUUCACUACUUCUUGCACCAGGACCCCGACAGGGACAAAGACGUUCGGAUAGCGGAUGGACUCGGCGAGAUAGGCCCGUCUGUAGUAGUUGGAGCGGCGACAACAUUCCUGGGAAUCACACCCAUGGCGUUCGCGGCCAACCAUGUUUUUCGAGUUUUUUUCAAGAUGUUUUUGAUCAUCAUCGGCUUUGGGGUAAGACGCAGAGCCUCUCCCAUACAGUACCCCCCAAGAAGUGGCCUAGAGGCAUCGGCCGCAAUCUAA